CUGCUCCCCGCCCUCAUUCCCCACCCCAUCCAAAGAUCCUGAAGGGGAGAAAGCAGGAGGUAGGGGUUGUUGUUGUUGGUGGUGAUGAUGAUGGAGACCUCAGACAAAGAGUGAGGACCAGACUUCUCAGGAGGUAAAGAUUGCCAUGGAAGGCUUUGGACAAUGGCUCAAGUGGAGGGGAGCUUUGUCUCAGGCCCCUGAGAUCCAUAGGGGAUCUAUGGAGAUUGUUUAAAGAAUAGAUAUCUGGAGACAAUCAGAAGAACAACAUGGGAGAAACAGAGAAAAGCGUUACAACCCCUGGGGUCAGAUGCUUUUCCAAGAUCAAGAUGUUUCUGUUGGCAUUAACAUGGGCAUAUGUAUCCAAAUCACUAUCAGGAAUCUAUAUGAAUACCAUGCUCACACAAAUAGAGAGACAAUUUGAUAUCCCCACAUCUAUAGUUGGAUUUAUCAAUGGGAGCUUUGAGAUUGGAAACCUUUUGUUGAUUAUACUCGUGAGUUAUUUUGGAACAAAACUGCACAGGCCUAUCAUGAUUGGUGUCGGAUGUGUGGUUAUGGGCCUGGGGUGUUUCUUAAUGUCAUUACCUCAUUUCCUCAUGGGCCGAUACGAAUAUGAAACAACGAUUUCACCUACAAGCAACUUGUCCUCAAACAGCUUCUUGUGUAUGGAAAACAGAUCUCACACCUUAAAGCCAACGCAAGACCCAGCAGAAUGUGUGAAAGAAAUGAAAUCACUAAUGUGGAUAUAUGUACUGGUUGGAAACAUUAUACGUGGAAUUGGUGAAACCCCCAUCAUGCCUUUGGGUAUUUCCUACAUAGAAGAUUUUGCCAAAUCUGAAAACUCUCCUUUAUACAUUGGGAUUUUAGAAACAGGAAAGAUGAUUGGCCCAAUAAGUGGACUUCUGUUGGGAUCCUUCUGUGCACGUAUUUAUGUAGACAUAGGGUCUGUGAAUACAGAUGACCUGACCAUAACUCCCACUGAUACACGCUGGGUCGGUGCUUGGUGGAUUGGCUUUUUGGUCUGUGCAGGAGUGAAUAUCCUGACCAGCAUUCCCUUUUUCUUCUUUCCAAAGAUACUCCCAAAGGAAGGAUUACAGGAUAAUGGGGGUGGAACUGAAAAUUCCAUAGAGGAGAAUCACAGAGAAAAGGCCAAGGAAGAAAACCAAGGAAUCACUAAAGAUUUCUUGCCAUUCAUGAAGAGCCUCUCCUGCAAUCCGAUUUACAUGCUUCUGAUCCUGACGAGCGUGCUACAGAUAAAUGCAUUUAUCAGUAUGUUUACCUUCUUGCCCAAAUACCUGGAACAACAAUAUGGAAAAUCCACUGCAGAGGUAGUCCUUCUCAUAGGUACUUAUAACUUACCUCCAAUAUGCAUUGGAUAUUUACUCAUUGGCUUUAUUAUGAAGAAGUUCAAGAUUACUGUCAAGAAGGCUGCAUACAUGGCGUUCUGCCUAUCCCUGUUUGAGUACCUUCUGUCUUUCUUUCACUUUAUGAUAAACUGUGAUAAUUUCCCAGUUGCUGGCUUAACUGCCUCUUAUGAAGGAAUUCAGCACCCUUUACAUGUGGAGAACAAGGUCCUUGCUGACUGCAACACAAGGUGUGGCUGCUUAACGCACACAUGGGAUCCAGUGUGUGGGGACAAUGGCCUGUCAUAUAUGUCAGCCUGCCUUGCAGGCUGUGAGAAGUCUGUUGGAACAGGAACCCACAUGGUAACUAUGCAUAUGAAGACCAGAAGGCCACCUCAGCUGUUGACUCUCAGGUCCAUGCAGUUCGUGCUUCUGAGACAGGAUGUCAUUGAACUGGUGUUUCAAAAUUGCAGCUGCAUUCGGUCAUCAGGAAACUCAUCUUCAGUCCUGGGGCUGUGUAAAAAAGGCCCUGAGUGUGCUAACAAGCUACAGUACUUUUUAAUCAUGUCAGUAAUUGGCAGUUUCAUCUACUCGAUCACAGCCAUACCUGGGUACAUGGUUCUUCUGAGGUGUAUCAAAUCUGAAGAGAAGUCACUUGGAAUUGGAUUACAUGCAUUUUGCACAAGAGUAUUCGCUGGCAUUCCGGCACCUAUUUAUUUUGGAGCUUUAGUAGACAGAACCUGUUUACAUUGGGGAACUCUGAAAUGUGGUGAGCCAGGGGCAUGUAGGAUGUACGAUAUAAAUAACUUCAGGCGCAUUUACCUAGUGUUGCCUGCAGCACUGAGAGGAUCAAGCUAUCUCCCUGCCUUCUUCAUUAUAAUACUUAUGAGGAAAUUCCAGUUCCCUGGGGAAAUCAACUCUUCAGAACCUGAACCUGCAGAGAUGAAGCUUACAAUGAAUAAAAGCGAGUGCACAGAUGUGCACAGAAGUCCUAAGGUCGAGAAUGACGGAGAACUGAACACUAAGCUGUAAUGAGUUUUCUACUGCAAGGCCAUGGACAGAAUGCACAUUUCACUAAUUUUGAAUCAUGAGAGAUACUAUAGCAACUUUUUUCCUAAAAUAGAUCAAGCCUGGAUGCAGUGUAAGAGGACGCAUCCAAAGGCCAUUGCCUCAUCCUCAGGAGGCCUCCAAUGCUCAGUGCUCACUUUAUUUAUCUGUCCCAGAGUGCAUUGCUACUUUCAAAAUAAUUUUAGAGAAAAACCUUUGAAGAGGGGCUAGCUAAAUGGCUCAGUGGGAAAUCAUGUUUUUUUUUACCAAGCCUGACAAGGUGGCUUUGAUUCUUGGGACCAACAUGGUAAAAGGGCAAAACCAACUUUUGCAAGUUGUCCAAUUCGCUCUACUCCUACACUGUGAUGUAUAUAUCCCACCCCAAACAAACAAACAAGCAAACAAACAAACAAAUAAAAAAAUUUAGAAAGUAUUAAAGACUGAUGUUUGCUACAAAACUUGUAUUAAUAAAAUUCAAGGUAAGCAUUAAAAACAAAAUCAAGAUCUUGUGGUUUGAAUGAGAAUUGUCUCUCCUAGACUCAGGCAAUAAGAUGUUUGGUUUCCUGUUGAUGAUACUGCUUGGGGUGAAUUGGGGGAUAUAUCUUUUUUUGGAGGAAGUGUAUCACUGGGGUGGUUUUGAGAAUUAAAAGCCUCACUCUUCUAUCAUGGCGUUCUCUGUUAUGUGCUUUAGUUGAGGAAGUGAAAGCUCAGCUUCCUGCUCUAGUCACCAUACCUGCUGCCUGCUGUCAUGCCUGCUUGCUGUGAGGGACUCAAUAUCACUGGAAUGAUACGCCAAAAUAGACAUUUCUAUAGGUGGCUUUGUGGUGUUUCUUUCACAGCAGUAGAAUAGUAACUGAUACAGCGAUGUUAUUUUGUGGCUGAUAAGAAUGUCAAGAUUUUAAGGAACAACAAGGCUUUAUGUCUAGUCUGCCAAGUGGGUACAUGAUGAUGACUGAGGCCUAUGCAGAACUUGCACCAUUGUUUAUCUGGGUAUCAUGGGGGAGCUGGCUUUGGGAAUGUGAAAUCAGUAGAGCUGAUCCUGGCCCUAACCAGCUGCAGUACUCAAGAGAGCUGGGCCUGCACAUUGUGGAUAAGCUGACACUGAGGAUAUGAGCUUGGAAGAUCUAGCCCUGUCACUUGACUCCCCUGUGGUGGUAUGGAUAAUGGAGAAAUAGCCUGCUCCCCACACCCCUCUCCUCACCACUUGGGACAGGUUGGAGACCUGCCUCUGGGGUACUGAGAGCAGGAGAGGUGUCAUUGCCCCUUACCAGCUGCAGCACUUGGGAGCAAAGGUCCCACAUUUCUCCUGGGCAGCACAAUAGAUUUGGUCUCAUGGUGAGGAUGGGGCUUGGACAAGAGGAAGUUGGCCACUGUCUCAUUAAAAACUCUAAUUUUUUAUUGGAUUAUUUACUAUGAUACAUAGGUGUUUGAUU